CUGCGGGGUUUUUUUUCUUCUGUGGUUUAAAGAUGUUGCGACUUCUCAUUCUGUGUUUGGUUCUAAGUACAGCAGUCACUUCGGAAGAAGUAGACGAUGAACCUUCUGGGGACGGCGGUGACGACGAAGAUGGACCAAAUGAUGUCGAAGAACGUAUCGAAGAUGAGAGUGUUCUGAAGAAUUUCGCUGUCCAAACUGAGCAUGGUCCGGCGAUUCACGAUGGACGGAUGAUUGACAGUGUGGAAAAGGCGCAAGCAAAUGAUGAAAAAGAGGGAGUGACCAGCACCAUCGUCAUCGCGGUCGUGUGCGUGGUGGCGCUGGCUGCCGUCGCCAUUGCAGCCGCUAUCCUGGUCAGACGCCAUAUGCUAAAUCGACAGCAAGGAGUGUACUCUGUGCCCGUAGAGCAGUCGGAGAAACCCGCCAUCUAAGCCUCACCGAAGCCUGCCCACCUGAGGAGGACCUGUAGGGGGCGCUGCUUCAUGGGCUUCUGCAAUACUGGUGUCUUCUCCUGCAGCUGUGGGCAACCUUGGCUCCUCUCUCUCUCUCUCUCUCUCACUGGGACAUUAUGACUUAUGCUGGAUCCUCGCCUAUCUAAUUGGACCCCCCAUGCUCCUGAUCAGGGAGUUGCUAAAGAAUCAGUCUCGUAUAGCCAGACCCGUCUCCACACUUCGUUUCAGCGCUGUGCCAGCGCUGGAGAAAGGUCUGGCUUGAACCCAUUAUCAUUCCGGUAUAGGGAAAAAAAAAAAAAAACGCUCUGGCUUGUUUGUAUUUCUUUAAAAACCAAUCACAGUCGUCUUGGGCGACGCUAAGCCCAAGAUGCAGGGAGGAGAAUUCUGAUUGAAAUAGUCGGCCAGUGGCAGGCUUAUUCCCACAGUCCAUAUCCUGUGAAUCAGACUACUACAUGACUGCUAAAGUUGUAUGCGUUCCAAUUCUUUCAUUUCCUUAGCUCCCCCCCCCCCCACUGAGGACUGUCCAUAUAUGGGCAUGGUUACGUGGUUAUGUUCUCAGCCACAGCUGCAGUUUCACACGCUGUGAAACAACUGCGAAACGGAAGAGGCUCCUCAGCAUAAGCAAGAAGAUGAAAUCCAAUCGAGACCAAAGAACAAAAAAAAAAAGAACCAAAAAUCCUAUGGCAUCCCCAUUUCCUGUAGAGAUGGGACAUGCUUUAAAAACACUCCUCCAUCCACCUCGUAGCAUCAUUCAACGUUCAGGCAAUUUUAAUUUCCUCUAAGGGGCUGGUUCACCUCAGCCAUGAUUUUCUGGCCCAGCAGGGGAAAAAAAAAAAAAAAA